AUGAUCGGUAGGUUAUUCUUAUUCCAUAAUACUAAAAAAAUACAUUCGAAAUAUUUCAGCUAAAAGUAUUUUCGAAAUAUUUGCCAUAGUUUUUUUCACUACCGUCGCAUUGCUCACAUGUUGUUCGAGCAAUGAAAAACAACCAUCAGAUAAAACACAGCGAAACAAUAAUAACAAUAAAGCUGGAAAAAAUCGAUCAAAGAAAAAACCGAUGUUGUUGCAAAGAAUGCCACCUGCAGAACAGAAUAAGAAAAUUGAAGAUCCAACGAAAGUCACUGGAGCAACUCAAGUGAAAAAUGAGAAUGAAAAACCGAAAGAGAUGAGUAAAAAAGAAAGUGGAAACAAAGAUGGGAAAAAAGAAGGAGGCGGAGGGAAUGGUGGAGCUGGAGAAGAAGGUGUUAAAACAAAAACACAAACAAUCGAUGUUGAUACAACUCAUCAGAAUUUGGAUGCUUCAAAGUUACCAAAACUCGAUAAAACUAUGGUCGAGAAUAUUCAUACACGUGAGUUUUUUUGAAGUGCCUAUUUUUUUGAAUUUUCGGACUCGAAUCUUUUUGAAACAUUUUGAAGUUCAACAUUUAUUUGGUUCAAAUUUCUAAAAUUUCACACCGUUUCGAAGGAAAAAUCGGACCACUUUUUCAAAAUUUCCUGAUUUUUGCACCAAAAAAUUGACUUUUUUGAAAAAGUGGUCCGAUUCAGAAUUUUUCUCAAAAAAUCGGACCUGGUCCAAUUCCUAUUGAAAAAAUGUCACCCUGGUCCGAUUCAGAAAACCCUCAAAAUCGGGUCCGAUUCAAAAUUUGCCGUAAUUUACUACUCACAAAAAGUAGUGUCUGUGAAUUGUUCAAGUCGUAAAUACACUGUAUUUAUUCGAUCGAUUUAUCAUGAAAAUAACAUUUUAUCUCUUUCUCUUUCCAAAAAUCCAAAUUCAAACUUUUUCCAGCUGCCGUCCACGAUCGUGCUACAAAAAUCGCCAUCGAACGUGCCAUAAUCGAUCCGAAACAUUCACGAUAUGGUGGAAACAUUGACAUGUUAUCAGUCAGAUCGAAAACCAAUAAAAUGGAUGUUUUCGAAAAAGAAUUGGAAAACCAUAAAUCGGAGGCAACUGUUGAAGUUUCGAAAAAGGAUCCAAAUUGUCGUGUAAAAGUUCGCGAAGAUAAAUGUUUGGUUUUCGAAACGAAUGAAGUUCCAACAGAUGACGAAGAAGAAGAACCACAACAACAAGAUCCGCAAGUUUGA